CUCCGUACUUUGUUUAUCAAACUGUGCAGCCUCUUGUCUCAGGGAGUUUUAAUCGCUCAUUACUUUCCAGUGUGCUUUCUAUCUUUCUCUCUCCUAAAAAUUCCUGGCCGACAAUGGAGAUCGACGGCGAGAUCAACGGCGAGGCGGUCGGACGAUGCCUAAGCAGCUUCGUAGACGACGGUACCACCGAAAGCCACCGCUACUACCUUGCUCGAAGAACCACUCUCGAGAUGCUCAAAGACAGGGGUUAUGCAAUUCCCAGUUCCGAAAUUGACCAAUCUCUUCAUGAAUUUCGCACUAUUUUUGGCCCUAUUCCUGACCCUGAUCGCCUUCGUAUCACCUCCUUUCUCACCUCCGACCCCUCUAAAACGAUCAUGGUGAUUUUCUGUGGGCCUCAGCUGGUCAAAGUGAACUCAAUACGUGGCAUUGGAGCUCAGAUUGUUAACAAAGAAGGUCUGAAUGGCUUGAUACUGAUAUUACAAAGUAAAAUAACAAGCCAAGCUCAGAAAGCCGUGGAUGAAUACCCGUUUAAAGUCGAGAUAUUUCAAAUAACUGAUUUGCUCGUGAAUAUCACAAAGCAUGUAUUGAAGCCAAAGCAUCAAGUGCUGACUCCUAGGGAGAAAGAGAAGCUCUUGAAGAAAUACAAUUUGGAAGAAAAGCAGCUUCCUCGAAUCUCGGCAAAGGAUGCAAUUGUAAGACAUUAUGGAUAUGAGAAGGGGCAGGUACUCAAAGUGACGUACAGUGGUGAGAUCACACAAUCUCAUGUCACUUACCGUUGUGUAUCAUAAAUUCAUAUGGUGCGGAGCCAAAUCUACUUUCUCUAGUGUUUCUAUUUUUAGGCCUAGUUAGUUAGGUCUUGUAAUUUUAUCAAAUAAUUAAUGUUCAAUGUUGUGGAAUAUUGUAGACAUGAAAUCCUUUCCGUGUCGUAUUCCACCUUCUGUUGUGUAACUUUAUCAAAUAAAUAAUUAAUGUUCAAUUGAUAUUUGGUUCUCUGGCCUUUCUGUUUUUAGGGCUGAUUGGCUAACUAGUUUUAUCGAGCUAUAUUGUUCGACGCUGUGGUGUAAUGAUUCCAGAAAUUGAAUGCUAUUUCUUGCCCCUUA